AUGUCGGACCCUCCCACUCCCUCUCCUUACCAUGAGUCGGAACCCCUGGUCGGCAAAAUGUUCCGCGUGCUCUACCUGAACAACCCGGCCCUCAUCGAGCCGGGCAGCCGCGACGACCAUAUCGAGUGCAACCUCUCGCCGACGUCCUUGGGGCAACACCCCCAGUUUACCGCUCUUUCGUACUGCUGGGACGUACCCGAGCCCAAGGUUCCCAUCCUCUGCAAUGGCGUCAAGCUCCAAGUGCGGCCCAACCUUCAGUCCGCCCUGCGCCAGCUGAGGCUGCCCGAGAAGCAGGUCUGUAUAUGGGCCGAUGCGCUAUGUAUCAACCAGGAUGAUCUCGAGGAGCGCGUUCGCCAGGUCAAGUUCAUGAAGGAGAUUUUCGAGGCCGCAGCCGAGGUCAUCGUGUGGCUCGGUGACGAAUCGGACGAUAGCGAUAUUGGCAUGCAGGCAGCCAAGGAGCUCGCCGACGCCGCGAGGAAAUACCUAGAGCAGCGCGACACCAUUUAUAAUAUGCCGGCCGACGAUCCCCUUGUGGAUGAGAUCUUUGGUAAAUUCCGUCGUGGAUCCGAGUACCCUCGCUUCCACGCGCUCUCCCAGAUUCUCAACCGGAAUUGGUUCCACCGCACAUGGGUCGUCCAAGAAGCCGCCGUGGCCCGCAAACUCAAGAUUCUAUGCGGCGGGUCCGUCAUGACGUGGGAAGACUUUACCCUCGUCGCCAGCUUGCGAAGCCAGUUAAACCUCACUACAAGCGCCAACGACAAGAACGUGACGCCGCUGAUCCUGGCCAAUACGCGCCUCGACUACCAGAACGGCGUUAACCGGGAUCUCCUGUCCAUCAUGUACCGCCACCGAGUCUUCGAGGCGACCGUGCCCAGAGACAAGGUGUACGGCCUCGGCGGCUUGGCGGGCGACGACAUCGCGAAACACUUCAUGGCCAACGUUGACUAUGCCGGCCACGAAUUUGUCUUGUACCGCGAGGUCGCCGCCGAGAUGUUGAAACGUGGCCAGCUCGGCGUUCUUUCCGUUGCGCCAGGCUUGAACCGGGAGCAUGCCGACGGGCUCCCUACCUGGGCGCCGGACUGGAGGGUGACGAGGCAGUCGCCCUGCCUGGGCUUGUGGAACGAACACGACAUUCACCUUGUCCGGUACAAGGCUAGUGGCGAUUCCGAGCCAUCCGUUCGCUUCAAUGACGCCGGUUCCUUGCUUGCCCUCGAGUGUUGCCGUGUCGACACUAUCGAGGCGGUUGGAGACAUUAUGAUCGUCGAAGAUAUCCCCCACGGGUUCCCAGGCAUUCUACGGUUGCCGAAAUUCGCCUACAUGCUCGACAACUGGCGCCAGGUAACACGGACGUCCCAGUCUGCCGAAUAUCCCACCUCGGAGCCCAUCGCCGAUGCCUUUGUGCAAACGCUCGUCGGAGGGCCCCCGAGUUCCACAUUGACGUGUUGCGACAGCAAUACGAUCUCAUCACCCGUCAGGCUAGCCUACUUCGCUGGAUGA